ACAUUCUAUGAAUUCGACCUUCUCCUCUCCUCCAUCAAAUUUCCACCGCCGCCACCUGCCACAAUUCCCUGCAACUCUCACCACCAAGCCGCCUUCGUCGCGCCGGCCACCACCGAGAUAUGUCACCUCUCUUUUCCUUCACCAUGAUUCCCCCGCCAGCCCUCCGAUCUGCCGACUCCCCAAAAUUGAUUUGGGGAAAAUCAGAAAUCGCCGGCCGCCGCCACCUGCCACCUCCAUCUAAUUCCCUCCAUUUCGCUUCUCCACACAGGACUUUUCCCCCACCCCCGCCGCGAUUCUAUGAUAUUUGGCGUCUCCAGACCAGACUCCCCUUCCUCCCGCUGUAUUUCGCCGCAGUCCGGCCUCAAGUCAGCACUGCCGUCCCUCUAACCUUCCUUGGGAGUUGUGGCGAAUUCAAUCUGCCCCUUCCACCUUCUCCGAUACCACCUCCAUUUCCAUCCCCCGGCGAUCUGCCCUCCCGGCUUCCCCCCCUACCUACAGAUUCCGGCGGUCGCGAAGCGCUGAAGACCACGGCCGGCUAUGUCGUUCAACCGUGCCUUCCCUUCCUGAAAACUCGCCACUGUCCCUGUGCCGUCGUCGGAGACUCCUCUGCCUCGACGAACAAGGCAGCCACCCCGGGCUCUCACAAGUGAAAGGAGAGUCUCACACAAACAGGUAAACUCUCCAAGUAGCAGAUCCCUUAUGAGCCGAAUUCCAUCAGCAUUUUUAUUUAAUUAUUAUUCUAAUUUAUUUUCAACCCCGAAUUCUGAUAUUUGCCAUAAAAUUCUUAUUGUGUUCGAGAUUGUAGUUGUGUUGCAUGGAUGAUUCUUUUGGGCUAUCUGAUAUUAUUUUUCUUUGCUUAUAGUUGGUACUAAAAAAUGAUGCUAUUUUGAUGCCAAAAAAUAUCUUCCUGGAUUGAUGUCAUUUUAUUCAACGGUUUGCUUCAAAAGGAUGACUAUAUUAUGAUUUUUGUUAAUGGAAAUCGAAUCACCAAAGUAGGUUGUAUCAUUCUGCAAACCAACAUAUUAUAUCAUCUGCUCUGCCAUUUGCUGUCCGUCAGUUGUGCGCCAGGUAGGAUUCUAAUUUUUAUAACAAAGGAAACUUAAACCCUAGGUUUUUAUCUAUAAAUUCAUUACCUUGAAUUAUUAACACCACAAUCGUGUUUUUACAAUUCGUCGUGGCGGUAAGCUUCUUCUUCUUCUUCUAUUGCUGUUUGUCUGCGAUUCACCUUUUCAUUUAUAUUUUUUCAGAUUUUUUGUUUGGAUUUUGUUAAUU